AAACAUCGGUAAUAGUCGAUAAAUAUGUAUUUCCCUUCUUAUUAAAAAGUGUCCGUCCAUUUUAUGAACAUUCUUUCCUGUAAAGACAAUCUGCUAGUAAGCACGUUUUUUCGGUAAACGCUGUGCGUGGUGUUAAAAUGGCCCCAACAAAUCUAAAACCAAAAGGCAAGAGCCAAUUACGUGGAAAAGGUGGCCAGAAGAAAAAGAAGUUAGCAGUACGAAAAUUCACCGUUGACUGUACACAUCCCGUUGAAGAUAACAUUCUAGAUGUUGCAAAUUUUGAACAAUAUUUAAAAGAACGUAUCAAGAUUAAUGGAAAAACAAAUCAACUUGGAAAUGUGGUUUCACUUGAACGACAUAAGACAAAACUCUCCGUUAAUUCUGAGGUUCCAUUCAGUAAACGUUACCUUAAAUAUUUAACAAAGAAAUAUUUAAAAAAGAAUAAUCUACGUGAUUGGUUACGUGUAGUUGCUGCUGGUAAAGAUACCUAUGAAUUAAGAUACUUCCAGAUCAACUCACAACAAGACGAUGAUACUGAUGAUGAUAACGAAUAAAUUAUACAAUUUAUGUACAAAAAACAUCUUAUGU